AUGACGCGCGUCGGGCUCCCCACACUUGUGGACUGCCACGUUCACUUCCGCGAGCCUGGCUUCGAGCACAAGGCCGACAUGCGGAGUGAGGCGGAGGCGGCGCACGCUGGUGGCAUCGGCGUUGUGUGCGACAUGCCAAACACCAUGCCCCCCACGCAGACCAUCGGAGCCUUCGCGGACAAGGUGCGGCGCGCCGCGGCGGUAGCGUCGCUGUGCGACAUCCGCUUCUUUUUCGGCGCCACUGCGCACGCCCACCUGCAGGAGCUGGAGGCGCUGUGGACGCUGCCGGAGCACGAGGGCCUGAAGCGCCGCUGCGCCGGACUGAAGCUGUACCUCGACAACUCUACCGGUAACCUAAAGAGCAGCGCCGACGUCACAGAGGCGGCCUUCGCGCUAUGCGGCAAGCACGGCAUACCACUGGUGGCGCACUGCGAGCACGCAGCGCACAACAACGAGGCGUGUGCGCUGCACCAGUACACCGGGCCCGCCUCGCACUCGCUGCGCCGCCCAGCGCACUCGGAGGCGGCGUCCAUCACCAACGCCAUCGAACUCGCGCGGCGGCACGGCACACGGCUCCACAUCGCCCACCUGUCGACCGGCGACGGUCUCGAUCACGUCCGCCGCGCCCGCGCGGAAGGGGUGUGCGUGACGGCGGAGGUCGCCCCGCACCACUUGUUCCUCACGACGGAGGACUACAGCUGCUGCGGGGCGCGGGUGAAGGUCAACCCGCCGGUGCGGCCGCCGGAGCACCACGAACGGCUCUGGGAGGGGAUCCUUGAUGGCACCAUCGACUGCAUUGGUACCGAUCACGCCCCGCACACGCUGCAGGAGAAGAGUGACGACGCAAACCCGCCUAGUGGAAUGCCAUCCCUGGAGCUUGUCGUCCCGCUGCUUCUCACAGUGUGCGCAGGGCAGUGGCCGCACCCCACAGCACCAAGGCCCAGGGCGUUGGAGACGCGAAGCCUAACUGUGGAUGAUAUCGUGCGGCUUAUGCACACCAACCCCAAUCGCAUCUUUGAUCUAGGGCUAACGAACGCGACAGGGCGCACCUUUGAUGUCACAACCGAGUGGGUCGUGGACGAGUCGAAGCUCAAGUCCAAGUGCCGGUGGUCACCCUACGCCAAUUGGCGGCUUGUCGGCAAGGCACUCUGA